UAAUUUUGAAAGUAAACAGCGGUUUCGAGUCUUCUGAUUGAGUCUGGAAUGACCGUGUGAUCUCGUCCCAUGUAUAACCAACGUCCCGAAAAUUCCACGAUUUACGAAUCAGGCUUAAUAUAACGAUUACUGAUUUUUGAUUGCCUGUGUUCAAAUAUACCAUGGGUAAUUAUGCGAGUAAGCUGUUAUCUUACACCACUGAGAGUCGCAAGGAAUUCAACCAACAUCAAGUGGUUGAGCAGCAAGCAAUUAUGGAGGAUAACAGCACUCCAGUGUUAGCUGAAAGAAGAGUGUUGGGUGAUCCACGUUCGGCCUCGGCAGGAAUUAGAAGAACUCCCAUCGAAGUCAACUAUACCCUGGUCCAGGGAAGCAAAGAUACACCCAGCGCGAUCCCAAAGUACCUGCGAAGAAAACAGUAUCUUGAAACCGACAUGGACGUAGUGAUGCCACCGCUAACACCUAAGAAACGCCCCAUAUUGAAAUCAACGGACAGCGAACAGUCGGAACCUGAUGAUUCAAUGUCGAAUGUUGUGAAUGUUGAUGUGAAAAGUACGAAAAUAAUUACGCCGAUAGAUAAGGAACGCUUUAUAAUUCUGGGAUUGGAUCCUAGAUCUCCGGCUGCGGAUUUUGAUAGAACGCCCAUCUUACUGCCGAGAUCCCUCGCAUUGUUAAAAGCACGAUCGCAAGAAAAUUUAAGUCGCAGAGGCAGCUACGAAGAGGAUGUUUACAAUAUGAGGAUCUCCUGUCAGAAAGCUGGAUCGCAUCUUAGCAUUCCGGAAAUACGAUUAACCGAUACACCCUCAGAAAGCCUAUUAAAUACGGUGAACCAGGACAAGCUAUUGAGUACAUUUCAACAUGAUUCUGACUCAAGUAUUUCCAAAAGUGAGAAAGAAAUCACGGUUAUUAAAAAUCCAAAAUUUACGAAUGGAGAGGAAGAGUCGUUGAUCUCGGACGAACAAACGGUUGAUAGUGAGGAAGUCCAAGAUCAGACAGGAAAUGAGGAUAAUUGCAAAAAUAUCGUAUCUAGUGCAAAGAUAAAAGAUGACGGUAAGAUUAAAUUAUGGCAAGAUUCAAUAUCAUCGGAGGAGAGCCCAUCAGGUAAGGAGGAUUGGAAGCAAUUGUCGCAAGAAAAGGCUUCAAGAGAAGAUGUGAUUAUAACGUUUGAUAAAUAUACUACGAUUAGUACCUCUUUAAAGCCAGUAAAAACAAAGGAUUUUCCGAAAGAGGGAGAUGCGAAAGGAAGAAACAAGAAGACCGCUAAGGUGGACGUUAAAUUAAAUGGCGAAAAGGUUUUCACUCCUGAGAACAAACUGGGAAUUGAAGUGCACGAGAAUCGAACACCUCUUGGCAAUCGAUCUAAUAACGGCCAGAUGCAAAGAAAACCGCAACAGUUGCUGAGAGGCAGGGUUACGCCUACUAGAACGCAACAAGAAAAUACACCACCGUGCAAGGCAUACGGAAAGAGUAGAAAUGGAACUCAAUGGGAUCCAAAUUCCACGGUUCUCAUUUGAGUAAUUAACAUUUUAGUUUAGCUGAUUUACCUUACGACGAAGAUAGAAGAGAGAAACGGCAAUAAGCGAAUUUGUGUAGUUAUAAGUGAAACUUGGUAUUAAAUAUGCAUACAGAUGUAAUUCAUUUUGAAAUAAACAAUUAUAAAAUAAA